AUGAUGCGGAAGUUCUUGUUCAUGUUGUUAGCCGUUAGCUAACAUUGCAGACUGUUCCCUGUGUUAAUGGUGUUAACGUGAGGGUCGAGUAGCUAGGCUAAGCUAACAGUGCUAAUGCUGCUUCACGCAUAGCGAGGUGCCACUAUGUGGAGGGACUCCGUGAGGUCGCUGUUAAGGAGGGCAAAGCUCCUCAACACAGCUCGGUCCGUCAGACACAGAUCACAUGGACUCUGUAGCGGUGUUUCAGGGAAGACCUGGGUGAGACCCAGCGGGUUUGAUACGGGUCUAAAGACCUUCAACAGCCUGAGCAAACAGAAAGAGCCUCUCAUACUGGCAGCAGAGGGAGUAGCUACCUGGUACAGCUGUGGACCUACUGUAUACGACCAUGCUCACUUGGGUCAUGCCUGCUCAUAUGUCAGGUUUGAUAUCCUGCAGAGGAUUCUGUCCAGGUUGUUUGGGAUCACUGUCAUCCAUGCUAUGGUCAUCACUGACAUCGAUGACAAGAUUAUCAAGAGAAGUUGGGAGGACAAUGUGUCCCCAACCAUCAUAGCCACAAUGUAUGAGGAUGCAUUCAAGAGGGAUAUGCUGUCAUUAAAGGUGAUUCCUCCUGCAGUGUAUUUAAGAGUCACUGAGAAUGUGCAUCAUAUUGUUGCGUUUAUUGAGAGGAUCAUCAAGAAUGGACACGCGUAUGCCACAAAAGAAGGUGAUGUGUAUUUUGACAUCCAGUCCAUUGGCGAUCGUUAUGGCAAGUUUGUGGGAAGUGUGGAUUCUCAGGGAGAAACUGGCGGCGCAAAAAAACGAGACUCAAGGGAUUUUGCUCUUUGGAAGCAGUCCAAACCUCAGGAACCAUACUGGGAAUCUCCGUGGGGCAGAGGAAGACCUGGCUGGCAUAUCGAGUGCUCUACCAUCGCAAGCUCGGUGUUUGGGAGUCAGCUGGAUAUCCACUCUGGAGGUAUUGACCUGGCGUUUCCUCACCAUGAGAAUGAGGUUGCUCAGAGUGAAGCCUAUCACCAGUGUGGACAAUGGGCAAACUACUUCCUCCACUCAGGGCACUUACACCUAAAAGGCAGCGUAGAGAAAAUGUCUAAAUCUUUAAAGAAUUACGUCACCAUCAAGGAUUUCCUGCAGUCUUACUCUGCCAAUGAAUUCCGAAUGUUUUGUCUUUUGACCAAAUACAGAUCAGCGAUAGACUACAGUGACAGCAGCAUGUUGGAGGCUCGGACCUCUCUGGGAACCAUCUCCACCUUCAUCCAUGAUGCUCAGGCCUACAUGAAGGGUCAGCUGCAGUGUUCACCUGUACAGGAAGCUUCUCUCUGGGAGAGGUUGGCUGAGACUAAAUCCAGCGUGGUGAAAGCACUGGCGGAUGACUUUGAUACCCCGAGAGCCAUCGGUGCUGUGAUGAAUCUGGUUUACCACGGAAACCGCCAACUCCAGCCGGUUUCUAAGUCUGAGGGAGUGGCUCGGAGCCCUGCAGUGUUUGGAGCGAUGGUCAGCUACAUCAGAGAUGCCUUGGAUGUGUUUGGGAUCGAUCUGCUGCCACAUGCUGAUGUGUCCAGUAGUGGUGGAAGUCUGGAGGGCGUCGUGGAGCAGCUGACUCAUUUCAGAAGUGAAGUUCGAGCGUUCGCACUCGCUCAUCGGGACGUUCCAACCGCCGGAUCCCCCACGAAACCUGGACUUUACCCAGAGAGAAUCCCUCUCCUCAAAGCCUGUGACGUCCUCAGAAAUAACCUGGCACCCUUGGGUGUGCUGAUAAAGGAUAGAGGAGCCAUCUCGACAUGGGAGCUAACUCAGACUCAGAGAGGACAGAGAGUCCAGGAUAAAGACCAGGAUAAAGACCAGGAGACAUCCAGCUGAAACACACCUCUGAGACUGACUCUUUAUUUUAGGCUUGUGGACUCAAUUUAACGUAUGGUAACGGGGAUCAUUGCCCUUUGUUUUUCAAUAAAAUGCUCUUGAUGCUGA